AUGAGCGAAGCCGGCGCCCUUGUGACCUUCCUGCUCACUCUUUUCUCAGCCUUCAUUGCUUGUGACGCUAGAGUGUGUCACAUACAAUACCAGGUAGUCAAUGUAGUAACGUAUUUUGACUUGUCUCAGACUAGCCUCUCCUUUGUUACACGUCCGCUGCACCAACCAUGGCGGCAACUGGACCUGGCGAGCACAGCUGCGCACUCUGACGGAAGCCUGAAGCUGCAGUUGGCUCCCGAAAAUGAGUACCUUUCCGCAGUUUUCACCUUCCAGGUGGCGCAGAAGCUGCGGCAGGGGCGGCCUCUUCUCGAUGCCGGGGUACCCUCCACUGACAUGCAGCAAUCCGCGCUGAGCCACUUCGUCGGGUACCUCGGAGAAUCGUUCGAUGCGGAAAUAAGACACCGUUUGGAAGAUGCCGUGGAUGCGUGUCAGGCUUCGGCUUUACCUGUACCGGAAUGCGCUAAACGCAUUCUCGGGGAGUUCAUGGCACCACUAUUGAAGAACUUCACACUGCUGGAGGUCAUGGACCCCAAGACCGCACUUGACAGGGAGCUGCAGGUGCUGUAUUCUGCUGACCUGGCGGCUUCGUACGUUAUCCUGUUUUGUCCCCUCAAAGUGAGGCACGAACUCUACCGAUACCUCUGGGGGCGAGGUGCAUUCCUCGACGGCAACGUCAACUGGUUGUGCUGCCCGUGGGUUCUGAACCAGGGAGCACAUGAUGAAGAAUACCACAAAGUAGCAGUCGACUUGAAGCAGUUGUCGGAUGAAGAACUGAUUGACAUUAUCAGGCUUCACAAGAACUACCUCUCCACCGACUACGUCAAACAACGUUCGAGAAAUUCACUUAAACGUCUGGACCGGCAUUCGCUGCUUUCAGUAUUUCAGUCGGUGAUGUUACGUGUGCUUUGGGGGCACGAGGCGAUAUCGGAGACUCAAAAGCCCCGCCCAAGCGACGAUAUCAUUAACUCGCCUGAGGACAUGGAGCGAAUGGCACGUGACCUUGCGGGAGAGAAGGAGCGAAAAGAGGAGAUUCGCAUGAACACGCUUUCUGGGUGGUUGGAGCACUAUAGAGACAAUGGGAAGCAAAAGACUUCCGGGGAAAAGCUGAAGCAUAGGAAGCUGGAGCUGAGGGAGACACAGUACCACAGCCAGAUGAAACGGUCACUCGAAAUCGUUACUAACCACCUGAAGAGGUUCAACGAAACCUUCAGGGGGGCACCUGGAAACAUGCCGUUCACGCAAGCAGCAAGAAUGUAUACGUCGGAGAAACUGCCUGGAAUCGGGAACAUAGGGGACCAUAUCACCGUAGAUGGGAUAAGGCGUGCGUUUAACAUGCUGAUCGACUUCUACCGCAGUAACUUGGCCACCGCUUCUGACAUUUACGGCUAUUUGCCCGGCAAAUCAUCUCUCAGGUUGCUCAAGUUCCUGCUUUCGUAUGAAAAACACGACCUCAUGGCGCUCCUGUCAGCAAUCUUGCUGGCUCUCCCGGAAUUCAAGCCCAUAGAAACACGGCAGGAUUUUGCACAGUACACCUUGCUUCCGCUCAAAACAAUUGCCAAACUGUGCUUCGUUGCCAUGAUGCGAAUCAACCCAGAUAUCUCAAAUAUGGACGACGUCCAGCUGGAUGACGAUGAGAUACGUUCCAAUUCUCACAUAUGGGAUGAUACGUCCGUGAGCCGAACGCCAUAUGCUGGUGUCGGGAGGAAAUCCGUCGAUACUGUCCCAUCUGAAGUGGCGGAUUCCGUGUCUUGCGGCAACGCGAAUACGGACAGUCAAGACGAAGAAAUGUUCGACGACAUACCCGGUGACAAUACUGCAACUCUCGAAAAAGAUGCUGCAAGGGGGGAAUUUCUCUUAGGAGCAAAUAGAGAAGCAAAAGACAAUAUUGCGUCCAUGGUAUUCACAAUCGAUGAGCUGGACCCCAUCGCAACCUACAUAGACAGUAAAAACAGCAGCAUAGUGGAUGCAAGUUUGGGCGGCGAACGCAAGAAGUGUCUAAUGCUGAAUACGAGGCGUUCAAGACUUGUCACUGAGGCUAUAUUAAUGCAUCUGUCAAACUACGACGCAGUGUACGAAAUACUCAAAGACCGGGAUAUUGAAUUACCUCCCCAUAACGAAACUGAUGCCACCGAAGAAGCAAUUAGAAAAUUCAAGCUAGCAGCAAUCAUCAAACGCGCUACAGACGCCGAACUGGAAGAAUUGUAUGGAAAAGUUCUCGAAAGCUCAAAGAUGCACGAAGAGCUUAACAUACCGGAAGAGAUAUACAAACUGACCUCUCAUAGCGUCCUGGACAGACUGGAAGAAAAUGUCAACGACGAAGAUGUUUAUGUGAGGCUCAGUGAACUGCUACAGCGAACAGAAGAGGAGGAAAAUGAGGGGUCGCGACGGAUGCAAUCGCAAACGGAUUAUGAUUAUGGGGAAGCAGAUAGUGAGGCUGUCGACACGGACUACGAAUACGACAGCGAUGUCACCGGAUAUGAUACUGAAUCGCGUGGAACAACUAUAACGGAGAGAGAGCAUUAUCUGAACUUGUUGGAAGGCGAGGACCUCUCGCCCUUUCUGGAUGACACAUUCUCUAGCGACGACCCUAAUACGAUGACCGAUUCUGAACUGAAACGACUGGGCGAUCAAGUCUUAAAGCGCAUGGAAGCUUCGGGUAAUUGUGAAAUAAUACAUUACAAUGCCAGUGGCAAAGGAACACGGCCCUUUAACCUGUAUUGUCUUCCAUUAAAAAUGGCAGUGGCCUACCAGCCGCAUGCUACAUCGAGAAACAGGAAUACCAAAUAUGCGUUUCGUUUAUUCGCAUCGCCGGAAGGCAUUGAUGCGGAAACUGUCAUAUCGACGGAUUUAGAUGUUUUAGACGAUGAAGAACAAGAAAUUGAACGUAGUUACGGAGUCGGGAUAUUUCCUAAGCGCAUGCCAGACCCGAAAACUUUCUCGUGGCAGUUCCCAGAGGAAAUGCCGAAUUUUAAGCUGUUGCGUAACCGGGUGUCUCAGGACGAUGUUGAGUCACAUGUCAGCCCAUGGCGACAACUGGGGCUGAAUUCUGAUGUGGCUUCCGCUGCAGUUGGAUGGAUUCGGAAAUGCAUACUAGACACUGUCAGCCGUUCUGAGCAGCCUGGGCUGGAAAUAUACCCAACAGAAAUCCAGAGCAUGGCCAUCAAGCACAUGUUACAACACAACGGAGAUGUCGCAUUGGCUUCAAAUGCUGCCAGUGGCAAAACCUUGGCGUACCUCCUGCCCAUAAUACAGAAGCUAAAGGAACAUGAAAAGGCGAAACUCCGCCACCCGAAUGCUCCUAGAGCUCUCAUCUUAGUCCCUUCUCGGGAGCUUGCUGACCAGACUCUCUCCGUUCUCAAGGGGAUAGGCCAUAUCGCUAAAAUCAGCAGCGAGGGAGUAGCAGGAGGGCACUACAAGGGGCGGCAAAGGGACCACAUGAAGCGCCUCGUGGACAUUGUGGUCGCUACUCCGGAACGUUUGCUGAAAAUGAUAAAGCAUGUCAGGUUGCAUAAACUGCAAUUCUUCGUUCUGGACGAAGCGGAUACCCUCCUCAACGAGGGUUUCUGGCCCGACAUUGCUAAGGUUCUAGAUUACAUCAAGCAGCCCUAUAGGCUGGUACAGGUUGCUGCAUCCGAGAAGUACCUCCUGCAUUUCAAAAAGGUUCAACAGGAGCUAGCAAAAGUUCCAAAUAUGAAGGGCGUCCAUAACAGCACUCCCGAAAGGAAUGCCAAGUACCUCGAGAGGCUUACUGGGUGCCAACAACUGGUGGACAAGGCCUGGGUGGAUCGUCCAAACCGUGGUGUGUCUCACGAGUUUCGGUAUCUUAAGGGCGAAGACAAGGCGCGCGAACUGGUUAACCUCCUCAGGUACGACGUUGCUCGCCGUUGCCCUAAGGUUUUGGUCUUCUGCAACAGCAUCCCAAGCUGUCGUGCAGUGGAGUAUAUCCUCAGGGACGCUGGACUACCGGCUACCAGCCUGCAUGGGAAAAUUCCUCUGAUGCAGCGCAGAAAAUACUACGAGGAUUUCAACAAUGGUGCCAGCGGCAUCAUCGUCUGCUCCGACCUGGCCAGUCGAGGGCUCGACUUCAACGCCGACGCGGUGAUUAUGUUCGACUUUCCCAAGAAUAGUAUGGACUAUCUCAAGCGGUGCGGGCGCGUCGGCAGGAUGAUAAACAACGACAGCAUUGCUCCCAAAGGCUACGCAAUCAGCCUCGUGAAGAAACGUGACCGCAACCUGGCUAUGGCGAUAGAGCGCAGCAUUCGCAUGCCAUUCUUCCCCAUAUCCAACCUCAGCCGGCAUAAAAAGGAUUACAACCCACGCAGCGGCAGGCUGCGCCACCUCACGCAGGCCGGGGGGUAUUUCAAGCUGACCAAACUCAUUCGACAGAAGGAAAUAGAGGGCACUUAUGACUACGCAAACAUGGACCAGUACUUGGAGCAAUUCAAGGCCAAGGUGCGUGAGAUGUACGACAACACGCUUAAGAAGAUCGUGCUACGGCGCAGGCGCAUAUGCAAGCGCAGACGGAUCCUCGUCAGGAGGCUGAGGCUCAUGAAGCGCUACAACCGGGCCAUUCGGCUGAAGCAGCGAAUCAUCUCGACAGCUGACCAUAAUCGGCGUUUGAGGAAGUUCAGCGCCCACGCGCCCAUGAAGGGUGACGACCGAAAAUGCCCACCCUUAAAGGACCUCAAGCCCAUCCGGGGAAAAAUUCUGGAACUCAAAAUCAUGGAAGACAAGAUGACACGGCGCCUGCUAGAGCGAAACGACAAGCAGCUGCGCAAGUUCAUCAACAAGACGCAGUUGAUAGCUCGAGCGAUGCCAAAGCCGGCGGAGGACACCGAGGAGGCCGUCGACCGCCAGCUGCCUUUCACCAUCAUUCAACGAACUAAAGAGAUGCUGGGAAGAAAGGUUAAACGCAUAUGUUCGCUGCUGUAG